UUUCCAGCGUGGAUCGAACCUGAGUUAGUUCCUUCCAACAUUUCCCCAAUUCUCAACUACCACUUUGCUCCAUACUUGUAACCGCAAGGUGGCUUAAGUUUUGGGAAUCUAGUGAGAUAAAGUUUCACCGUAACAAAACUUGUAUAUUUAGCACGAAAACUUGUUUGCUAUUUAUCACUUAUCAGUACGGUUCCAAAACUUGUAGCCUACAUACACAAUGUUGUCCCUAGCUUCGGUUCUUAAUUAGUAUCAUAAGAUAAAUAUAUAAUAAGGUGACGAAACCGUGUCUUGGCCAGGCCGACGUGCCCGAAACUAAGCAAAAACGUGUCUUGAUCACACGUGCCAGCUUUUAAUUUCUAUACUUGUUUUAAAUUAAAAAUAAACGAAAAACCGGUUACAACGGUCAAAAGCAAGGGUGGCAAAAUAAUUAAAACUUAAAAUAGAGCAAAACAAGGUAAGCUUUGGUUUGAGAGAAAGAGAAGAGAAGAAAGGGCGAAGAAGAAGGAGGAGGAGGAGGAGGAGGAGGAGGAGGCUGAUGAUGAAGCUGUGGAAGCGGGCUUCCGGUGCUCUCAAAGACCGGAAAACCUUGUUUUCCAUCGGCUUCUCCCGGAAAACCUCCUUCCGCAACCCUGACCUUGAUUCUGCCAUCAUCCACGCAACCUCUCAUGAUGACUCAUCUGUCGAUUACCACAAUGCUCAUCGUGUCUACAAAUGGAUCCGAUCCUCUCCCGCCAAUCUCAAGCCGCUUGUUCAUGCCCUUUCGUCUCGGGUAAACCGCACAAGAAGCUGGAUUGUUGCCUUGAAAGCCUUAAUGCUUGUCCACGGUGUGCUUUGCUGCAAAGUCACGUCCCUUCAAGAAAUUCGUCGCCUCCCUUUCGACCUCUCGGAUUUCUCAGAUGGUCAUUCCCGUCCCAGCAAGACUUGGGGUUUCAACGCUUUUAUCCGCGCCUAUUUCUCGUUUCUUGACCAGUACUCUUUCUUUUUAUCGGAUCAAAUCCGUCGUCGCCACAAAAAACCUCAGCUAGAUUCGGUUAACCAAGAGCUCGAAAGGAUCCAGAAACUUCAGUCUCUUCUCCAUAUGCUUCUCCAGAUCCGUCCAAUGGCUGACAACAUGAAGAAGACGCUUAUCCUUGAAGCCAUGGACUGCGUGGUGAUCGAGAUCUUUGACAUUUAUGGAAGAAUCUGUAGCGCUAUCGCCAAGCUUCUCAUAAAGAUCCAUCCAGCUGCUGGAAAAGCAGAAGCUGUGAUUGCUCUUAAGGUUGUAAAGAAGGCUACAUCUCAAGGAGAAGAUCUCGCCCUCUACUUUGAAUUCUGCAAAGAAUUUGGGGUCUCAAACGCGCACGAAAUUCCUAAAUUCGUUAGAAUCCCGGAAGAAGACAUUAAAGCAAUCGAGAAAGUCAUCAAUGGAGUUGAAGAAGAAGAGGAGACCAAAAAGGAAGAGCAAGUAGAGGAAGAGAAGAGUAUCAUAUUAGUGGAGAGACCGGAGUUGCAGACAAUCAUAACCGAUAAAUGGGAAAUUUUCGAAGACGACUUUUGUUUCACAUGUAAGGAUAUUAAAGAAACUGAUCAGCAUAGAAAAUGUAACGUGGAUCCGAGUCCGCUGCCUCUAAUAGUUAUGGACGAGCCAGUUUACUUCACUCACACGUUACCAGAUUUGAUUACCUUUUAAUUGCGACUUGAUCAGAUUCAUUAUUUUUUUCGGGUUCUCUUUUGUGUUUUUUUCUUCUAUUUUGUUGAAUAUGCGGAUGAUAAUAAACGUUAGAUAUACCUCAAGGUUGCUAAGACA